AUGUUCCUGUGGGGUACGGGGAGGAAUGCUCAGGUCCUGGCUAAUGUGGCAUACAUUGUCAUUGAGUCCCGUGAGGAGGCUGCCAGCGACUACGGACUCUGGAAGGAGAUCUUGUUCCUAGUGGAUCUCACCUGCUGCGUGGCCAUCCUCUUCCCAGUGGUCUGGUCCAUCGGACAUCUGCAGGAUGCAUCUGGCACUGAUGGGAAGGUGGCUGUGAACCUGGCCAAGCUGAAGCUGUUUCGACGUUACUACAUUAUGGUCAUCUGCUAUAUAUAUUUCACACGCAUCAUCGCCAUCCUGCUUCGAGUGGCGGUGCCCUUCCAAUGGCAGUGGCUGUGCCAGCUCUUGGUGGAAAGUUCCACGCUGGCCUUCUUCGUGCUCACCGGCUACAAGUUCCAGCCGGCUGGGGACAACCCAUACCUGCAGCUGCCACAGGAGGAUGAGGAGGACGUACAGAUGGAACAAGUGAUGACAGACUCUGGGUUUCGGGAAGGCCUGUCCAAAGUCAACAAGACAGCCAGUGGCCGGGAGCUGUUGUGACUUCUCUGCACCCAGCCAGCCACCCUCAGUCCUUCUG